GGGAGUCGGCGCGGCGGCCCGGAGAGGGGUGGGAAGCCCAGGGGAGGCAGCUGCCGCUCGGCCCGGCGGGGAUUUCGUGGCGUUUGCUUUUCUAAACCCUGAGAAAUGCGGUGUCUGCUCCUCAGUUCUCAGGCUGUUUGCCCUCACUCUUGACAGGUACUUUGACUGACCAGACUCUUCUCUCUCAGCCUUUAGCAAAAUGGUCACGGUGCGCUUGGUUUUCUGUUUGCUUGUGAGCUGAAGCUGCCCUCCUACAAAGGUCAAUCUCCCCAGUUACAUCUGAGAAGAUACUUUGCAGAUCUGAUUGCCAUUGUGAGCAAUCGAUUCAGACUCUGUCCUGCUGCAAGACAUCUAGCUGUCUAUCUGUUGGACCUCUUUAUGGAUCGUUAUGACAUAUCUAUACAGCAGCUGCAUGUGGUUGCUCUUUCCUGUUUACUUUUAGCAAGUAAAUUUGAAGAAAAGGAAGACAGCGUUCCCAAACUUGAACAGUUGAACAGCUUGGGUUGUAUGACUAACAUGAAUUUGGUACUAACAAAACAGAAUUUGCUUCAUAUGGAGUUGUUGUUACUAGAAACAUUUCAGUGGAAUUUGUGCCUCCCAACUGCUGCUCAUUUCGUCGACUAUUAUCUUUCUAUUGCUGUCCAUGAGACUGACCUUCAUGAUGGCUGGCCAAUGGUUUGCUUAGAGAAGACUAAGUUAUAUAUGGCAAAAUACGCUGAUUACUUUCUGGAGGUAUCACUGCAAGAUCAUGCAUUUUUAAAUUAUGCCCCUUCUUUAGUUGCUACUGCCUGUGUAGCUUCUUCAAGGAUUAUCUUGCGUCUCUCACCAACGUGGCCCACCCGACUGCACCAUCUUACUGCAUAUUCCUGGGAUUUCCUAGUGCCAUGUAUUGAGCGACUAUUAAUUGCGCACGAUAAUGACGUGAAGGAAGCAAACAAGCAAAAAGGACAACAUGCUCAGUCUGCCCAACAUACUGUAUUUCAGACUCCAGCUCCCCAGCAGGCUAAUGCUCAACAGCACAUACCACAGUAUCUCCAAGCCCAUCAGUCUUCAUUACAGUAUCACCAUCAGACAUCACAGCAGCAAAACUGUCAACAGGUAUUAUCAUCUAAUCAUACAGCAUCUUACCCACUUCAGACUUGCCCUGCUGCCUUACAGUCUAGCACUCAGGCUCGAGGCCACGUACAGACUGGUGCUGCAAUGUCCCUCGCCGUCCCGCUAGAAGUGAAGCCAUGUGUAAGUGUCUCCUACAACCGGAGUUACCAAGUGAACGGACGAUACUCCUGUAUUACUCCCUGCUUUGAGAGGUGAUAAGUACAAAAGAGUUUUGUGCCCAUUUGUUUGGGGCAGGAAAUGGUGUUGAGGGAGAAUUGUUUUGUUUCUUUGUUAAGCCUCAACUAAGUUUGAGGGUAACAAAUUGAAUAAAAAAUGUCUUUCCAGAAAAAAAAAGCAGCUGGAAUGGCAACCAGUACCAUAGCUCAAGUACAGACUGCAAAAAAAUAAGCACACAGAACACCCUUUAAAAAGAAUGUGCAUAGCUGGGGGUAAUAAGUUUUUACUCUGGCACUCAGAAUACUCUGUGCUUCUAACACACAUCUUUGAAAUGCUACUCAAAAGAACAAUAGCUGUGGACUAACUAAUUACAGACUUACCUUUUAAUGAAGGAGAUAUGCAGUAUUAUGUUGAAGACAUUUAUGUAAUACCACUGUACAGUAUUAACACUCACUUCAAAUUUCCUGAAACUUAAGAAUCCAUUGAAUGUCAGACUUCUCCAGAUGCAUGGGGACCCCAGGAAGAAACAAAUCUCAUCUAGCUAAUUCCAUACUCUUGCCCCUUUUUCAGCACUUGUGUUGGAUGUUUAGGCUAAGACAUUUAACUGUUUUUUGGGCUACUUUAAAAGUUUUGUACCUCACAGGAUAGACACUAUGGUUUUCCUUUUGUUUCUCCUCCCUAUCCUUCUUAUGUUUCAAGUAACUCUUUCAUACUAACUCAGGGAAUGUUCUACUUGUCACUCUGUGCUGCUGGGUUGUACACUUCAUUGUGUAUAACUUAAGGGAGGAAAGUAGAGAGGGAAGAGACUAUACAAGUGGAGUGGCUUUUCAGGGCAUCUAUAUACAGAGUACCAAAGGGGUAUGUGAGUGUUCACAGAAUGUACAUGUGAACUACUGCCCAGCAGUGUGGUAUUGAGUAAUUGAAGAAAAGAGAAAGUUUCAGCUGAACUUAUAUUAGAACUUCUAUGGUGGCUGUGAUUCCUCUGUGUACACACACACACACACAAGUACUAGUAACCAACAGAAAGCAUCCUCCAAUUGUACUGACAGUAUCACUCAUACAAAAACAGUACAGCAAAAUACUUGUAGAAAUCUGCUUCUGUCAGGCUUACAGUGGAGGACAAUUCUCAGGUAAUCAUGGGGCAACGUUUUCUUCUACUACUUGGGAGUUCAUGAAGAAAAGGCAGAGAUUUACUCUUCUAAACGGGUGGAUCAAAAAUAUAUUGUAUAGUGAACUGCUUUAUCACAAGGUGCUAAUUACAUAACUUUAUGGAAUUACACUAUCUCCUGUGGAGUGGAUAGUCUGAUGGUAGAAAACUGCACUCAUCCAACUCAUGGAUGAAAGUGGUGGUAUGAGAUAUAAAUGGAGGAGUUUUGGGUUUUUUUUUUCUCUAAAUGAGAAGAUACCUGACUUUCUUCUGUGUUACAGUAUGGGAGGAGGAGGUAUGGAUGACAGCCUUCUUACUACUUUAAGGUAUCUUUACAGUAUGUGAACUUAAAAGAGGUUUCUUGUUUUGUUCUUUUACCACCUUCUCCCCAGUCUUAGUGGCAGCACUUAAAAAUGUGUACCAUCUAAUAACACUGAAGUAGUUGAGAAUCUUACAGAGAAUGUUUUGAAAGUAGGGGUGAUUAAGAUACAUUGUCAUUAGCAAGAUGAAGGCAUUAUCACAGGAGAGGGGGCCUUACUUUAAGGUUCAGAAAGGAGGAAGGACAGCUGUGUUCAUUCUUUCUGGGGCUGAGUGGUAAUAUGCUAUAAAAACCUAUUUAUUGUUGAGGAGAAGAAAUCCAGUUUUUCUUGGUUUGUUGUUUUUUUGGUUGUUGUGGACUUUUGUACCAUAUAUGUGCAAGUCAAGGGGGAUAGGAGGGUGAAUGAAGGAGAUGACCCUCUGGUUUUUGAUAGAGAAUCAACUUGGAAAUAGGCAUAGUGUGGUCCAUUCUUAAAUAAAGUGCAAGUUGUUUUGGGUUGUGUUUUUUUUUUUUCCCCCUCCUCUCUUCAUCUCACAAUGAGGAUUUCCCCAUGUCUGAGAGUAGUGUUAAGUAGAGACUUUCCACCUCGUAAGACCCCAUACUUCUUAUUGUUACCCGUUUAAGAGGGAAAUGAACGUCUUUCUGACAGUUUGUUUUGGGUUUUUUUGCAAUUCUAUAUCUAAGUCCUCAGUGCUCUAACUACCUCUGAUGCUAUGAAUGUACAGUCUUGUAAUAGACCAUGACUUGAAAUAACAGCAGAUGCCUGUAGCGGGGUUUUGUUUUGGUUUUUUUUCUGUAAAAUCUUUAAAUCAGUUAAAUUGUCAUCUUUAUUUGUGACACAGCAGUAUAGGCUCUUCUUUUUUGGGGUAUUUAGUAAAUUUAUCCCAUAGGCAUAUGAUAUAUAAAAUUUAACUAAUACUUAACACUGGAAUUAUGAUGGGCGGGGGGCUUAUUCAGUUAGUUAAUACUGCAAAUUUACAUUUACUAGGGUAUCUUUUAUUUUACUAUUUUAAGAUGUUAGGUCAACUCUAAAAAGAUUCACUACAUGCUGUUUGUUUUUAAUUUAUUACUUAGUUUGAGGGUUUUUUCUGACACUACAGCUGCAGAAUGACUACAGAGAAAAUGUACACUAACAGUUUCAAUAUGUUAUUUAAAAGGGCUUUACCAGUGUACAUUAAAAAUACACUGUUCUUACUAUUAGAACCAAAAUGUGAUUUUUAUGGCAUAAAUAAGAAUGGUGCUCCUAAAUGCAAAAUGUCCAAAACAAUGGAAUCUUUGUGAGUGCUAUGCAUUCAACUUAUUUUUUAAAA